CUAGACGGGGACAAGGAGAGACAGGCAAGAACCGCACGCAUGCGUCAGCCACCUCCUAACAGGUUUUGUCUGUGCUUGUACGACGCUGGAUAGUGGGUAGUGUGCCAGUUUGAGUGCUGGAGCUGCGGUUAUUACACUUUGACACUGUGUUUGUACACCGUUGUCAUGUGCGUUGCGACGCCCGAAAACGAUCGUACGGUUGUGCCUUCUCUUGUGUUGUGCUCGAUGUUGUGGUGAAGUACAUCUGUGAGCAACAUCCACGUAAGUCUGAUCUGCCAGGGAGUGUUGUGCGUCUGCCUCCGGUCGCCGCAACGGAUUAAACAGAGAGAGGAUUGGCAUUUGUGACAUGCACAGGUAAUUAUCCUCUCGUGAUCAGCAAAGGUGAGGAAAGUUCCCAAAUUUGAACCUUGAAGCAUCUCGUCUUCGUUGUCGCACGAUUAUAGGACGAGGUAGAUUACUGACAUCGUGGAUUGCGGUGAUAAGCGAGCGCAACGCGGACUGCACACGCAUUUUUCCUCCACAUCUACGGAAUGUUGGGCCGCAAAUCACACGGCGGACCACGCUGUCCUUUCUGCAAGUUAUGGUCGGAUGUCCUUUGAGGCUUGCUGUGGCAACAAGAGUGACGUCGCCGAGAAGCCGGCAUGGCAAGCAGCAGGGCAGGGGGCACCGGUGCACAAGGACUGUCCACCCCUGAGACAUCCAGCAGUGCAGAGGCUCUGGAAGAUGAGCACCAACCUUCGGGAGAGAACAAGCGGAAGAAGUUCCAUCCGUUCCGUGCAGUGCGAAAGAUUUUUCGCUGGAAGGUGAAGCGACAGGCAACUCCUCAAGAAGUUGUGGGGCCCUCGAAAAAGAGCCGUUCCACGGGCGAGCUUCAAUCUGUUCCUGACGACGAGCAAAGGCUCAAAGUGGCAGCAGUGGCGCCAUAUUCAAUUGGUCUCAGUGUUUCACACGACAGCGUCUUUACUUCCGACACGGCAUCUGCUCUGGGGGACACCCAGGAGCUCUCCCAGGGCUCCAGCCUCUCAGUGAACCGCAACUCACAUAAGCUCAUGUUCCGAGAUGAGUUGUUCACUCGUGUGCAAGCGAGACGAGACUCUGAUGACGAUGACAUUGGCCUUCCGCACAGUCCCUGCACAAGUCCUACAACAGCGGAUGUGCUCAGUAGAGGGCUUCAGGCCAAGUCAUCGAAACCUCACAGCACUUGCAGUGCAGGCAGCUUAUCCAGCAUGUUCAGCUCUGAAAAUGAUGAGGAUCCUCUUGGCCAAGCCGUCCAUGACCGCAGAGGAGACGCAGCUAACGGUGACAACACAGAAUCGUUCCCCUUGAGCCACAAAGCAGCAUUGCACAAGAUCUCAGUGAAGCCAAAGAGGACGCACGCAUUGCCACGCAACAGGCGAUUACAAAUGUUAUCUGCAGCACCACCGAGUAAUCUCCCCGCAACUCCAGAGGUGAGCGAAGAUUGCACACGUCUUGUGUCCAUCCCGACUGAAACUGUGGAUACUGAGCAUAAACAUCCAGAAGCAUCAAGUACAUCAUGCAGCAGUACUGAUACUUCUGUCCCUUCCGAACCAAUCCUUCCGCCUCACCCAGAGGAGCAACGCUCCCCUGAAACGAAAAUGAGAAAGUCAAGUGAUGCCCCACAUCUUGGAUGCUCGACCCCCGUAGCACCAGACCCUGUAAAGGAGCUUGAAGACAGAACAACGCAGGAGACAUCUGAAAGCAUUCCAAUCGAACAAAGUCCUGUUGGAGCAAUUCCAGCUCACGUUUGUGAUUUCUCUUCACAUCAUCUUAGACAGAAUGAUGACUCAUGCAGCAUCUCAGAAAUGACUGUUGAAGAUGAGCAGUUGCAAGCAGUGCCAGAAAGCCAGAUUUCAAAGACGCACACGACAACAGUGAGUGUAGAAGUGAAGCAGGUAGACGAUGAGAGUUCUACAAAGAACGGCAGCAAAUUUCCCAAGCAGCCUAAAGACAAGCACAUUGCGGGUAAACCAAAGGCAGCUGAACUCAAGCUCCUGCAUGAGAUUGCACAGUUCAACAAGAGGCAGGAAGAAAUGGAAAAGAAGAUGAGCCCUACAGAAUGUAACGGUGUCCGUGAUGAAGAGGCAGUGGUGGAUGUCCGUGAGGCUAUACAGUCACUUGAGGCUCUUGCCCAACAAGGAGACAGCAAAAUGACACUUGAUGAGGUACAGGAGGAACAAAGGAAGUUGGAUUUGCUGAAUGGUAAUGUGAGUGCUGACUCAGAUAAGGAUUGUCAAAUCACCUCUCUUAGCCAAAAAGUGCCAUCUUGUGUCCAGCAAGAGAAUGAGUCUUUGUUAGAGCACUCAUUACAGUUGAAGCUAACUAGUCCACCGAAAAAGAUUCCCUCUGCAAAUGACACAGACUGCAGGGAAACACAGGCCCCUCACAGUCCCUUUAAUAAGCGGAAUGAAGCGCACAGACGUUAUUCUUGCAUGGAGCCUAUUUCUGCAAACAGAAGUAAGCCAGCUGAAAUACAGAGGCCACUCUCUGUUGAAAUCAUUCCAUUUAACCAACGGAAGAAGGAUAGUAGCCCUUCUCCACCUCCAAUAAAAGGAGACAGCAGUCCAAAGAAAGAAGAAAAGAAUGAUCUGUUUUCAACAGAACAAAACUUGGUGGGUGAAAGCACUCCUGAAAAGUUGCCGAUGAGCUAUCCAGUGCACUUCAGAAUUUACAAGGGUCGUAGAAAGUCACUCGUCGGGGACGAGAAGCAGAACCAGGGACAAGAAUCGCUCCCGUUGGGACCAAAGAGCUGGGACCAAACAUCAUCAUUUGAAGACAAACCGACGACCCAUCACUUUGAGAUAAAGAUACAUUCCACUACAGAUAUGAAGGACAGGCCAGAAGUGAAGUCCAGAGUGCCAGACAUCAGGGAGAAAGUUGAGCUGAGGAACACUGACCAUAAUAAUGAUGGAAAAGACCAGCCAAGCCAGACCACAGAGGCACUUGGUAGUCCACAAAGAAGAGACGACAUUAAACCGAGGCCUUUCAGCAGAGGAGUCCAAGUCAAGGGAAUAGCCAGCAACAAUGAACCAGAAUUGUUCAAAGUUUUUGCACGACGUUCGUUGAAACAGAAACAUUGUGACAAAGAACCAAAUGACGACACAGCUGUUGCUGAUGCAGAUGCUGCCACUGAGAAAACUGAGGCUAACCCUGGUGAUAUGGUCAGCGUCACUGCUGCUGGUGGCACUAUAGUGAAGAUCUCAGAAUCUUCUACAGUUAUCACCCCAGAACAUCAGCGCGGUAAGCAGCAGGCUGUCGUGACACAAAAUGGUGUUUCAUCGUCCGAGCAUUCUAAACCCACCGUGCAGGCUGAAUUCCGUUCAGCAUCGCAGAUUUCCAAAAUGUUCGAAUCUACUGCUGCUAAAGGUACUUCAGUGAAAAACAUGGAGAGUCCCGUAAAGACUGUGAGUAAGGCCGUGAACAUGAUAACUACCGAUGCACCAGCCAAGUCUACAAAAGUGCCAGAACUUACAGGAAAGGCUGUGGAAGUCGUGUCCAAGAAUGGCUGGCAAUCUAGUUCGCCAUUGACAUCACAACUUGGAGGACAACAUACUGGAAAGGGCACUGUAGUUGCAAACUCUGCUAAUGAGUCUGACAAGGACACAAGUGCGCAGCCACGACGCAAUCACGGAUCACGUCCCCGGUAUCACACAUCACCUGAGGUAGCGCAGGAAGAUAUUGUGAAAGCUACAACAAAACCCCGCCAAGAACCAGCAGAGAAGCCCGUCACAUGUGAAAGUCCAAAGGUUUCUCGUUCAUUGCACAGAGCGAGUUCUGUGAGCAGCAGCAGCCCGUCCUCGAGCGGAUCAUUCCGCAUAAACAAGGCCGAUGCUAUCGGAUUGGAUGGCCAGCCAGCCUGGCUCCAGUUGGCUCAGCAGCGCAGGGAGAUGCGUGAGCAGAGGGAACGAGCACUUCUUGGACGUCCAGCAGAAACAUCGUUUGUAAUUGAGACAAGUAAGCCAUCCCGUUCAAGCAAGGUUCUAGAUAUGGUGAGCAACUUCCAGAAACUGCAGAUGACUUAGUGACAUCUCGUAAUAAGAGUUGCAUACCAUCUUCUACGCUGACUACAUAAUGAAGAAUUCGAAGCAGAUUUCCUGUUGUUUCAACGAGCAGUAACCUUUGUUUACCAGUAGCCUUGGAAGCAAUUUUCAGUGCUGCUAUGAAGCAUGAUUGUUGCUUCCUAUUUGUUUCCUAUGUCCCCCCUAAUUACAACUUUUAUGUGAUUGUAGCGCUCACAGCUAGCUAUCUCACAAUACCGAACCAUUCUAUGCAUGUUCAUGCUGCAGGCUGGCCAGAAUUACACUUCACGUUGGUACUAGCUGUUUUUCACCUGGUAUUUUUCACCUUAAUGUCUAGUUACACUGUCUGAUUAUCACUUGCAUUUUUUGACCUACUGUACAUAAAGUUUAUAUAGUUCACAGUUCUGCUGAAAAUCAUUAAGGAAGACAACUUCUGUGUUUUCAGCAGAAAUGAAUAUGGAAUGCAAAUAUCAGUGUAAAACACACAGACAUGAAAUAACAUAGAUUUCACACCACUAAAUGAAUGAACGAAGAAAUGAAUAUUCUUCAGUUCUCUUGUGCAUUGUGGAGUAUUAGAUUGUUUGUGACUAUUUUGAUCUGUACAUGCUUGCAUCUUUCUGAACCUACAUGCAUACACUGUUGCUUUUGAGCUGCAUUAAAUGGAAAGAUGCAUACUCAAUAUUCGAUGUAAGUACUCUGUUUACAAAAUGAGGUGAAACUGAAUUGUUUCACUUCCUCCAGGGUAUUAGCACAUUCUGUGCCUGGAAGAGUUACUAUUUUCAUACACAUUGCUAUUGCAAAUUAUAUCAUAAGCAGCUAAAAAGAGGGAAAAGAGACCGCUUAAUCAUACACUGUUGCACUCACUAGUCUGCCUUUAAGAUCAUGCAAACUCCACAUGAUAUUUGCUACAGUUUACUUGCACUUGGUAGUGCAUCUUUUCUAAGGUGUCCGACCGGCAGUAUCCUGUGAAGGCACUUCUGCAAAUGCCUUACAAUUAAUAAGUUGGAGUGCACGUUUGGUUACACGGUUGUGUAAUCUUUGUAGUCUUCCGUCGACCUUCCUUUUUGUUCUAAGAGCAUUGCAAUUAUUGUAGCACAUUGUGGUCAUGAUGAUCAGAGCAUUCAACAGGUUGAAGUGAAUCUGUAUGUAUGUAUUAUCUGUAAUAUAUUCAUUAUCUGUUAUAAGAUACACAAAUGUACUAACAAGUGCAAUGUUGUAUGACUGUACUAUAGAACCAAAAUAUAAAGGUAAUCUUGUAUGAAUUGUUUGCAGCAUAUUUGAUAUUCCAACGGCAUGCUUGACUUCAAGGAACCUGCUUGUGGUCCCUUGUGCAUGUACGUCAUUAAGUGAAUAUGUGGUAUGUUUUGCACAUCUUAUUCAGCACGUAUGUUGUAGAAGCAGUACCACGAGCUGGGCCUCAAAGGCAUAUUCCGUUUUACACAGUGUACAUAUUGUAAUUUGAUAGCUCCAGAAUUUUACAAUGUGUGCUAUAUGCAAGACUGAUGGGCUUUUAGCACUAUAUUUCACAUGGUGUGUCGGAUGCAGCUCCUCGCUAAGGAAUUGCUGUAAAUAGAUGGAACACAUAUUCCUUCCCCUUAUGUGAUGCUUUGCUGUGACGUGUGUACUUCUGAAGCGAAAAUAAAAGCCCUGUGACAGCAGAUCCAGAAAUCAA